UUUUUUUUUUUUCAAAUAGUGUAAUAUCGAAGAAUGAAAUCGCUUCUCAAAACAUUUUCGUGGUGUCAUUGACUGAACCAGAGGAUAAGGGUUCAAUGUGAGACGAUAAAGCUCCAGCGCAAUUACACCCUCCAUCCAGUUUUUGUUUAGUUUUUCUUUGCCAUCCUAGGGCAAGAUAUUUUUUUGAGAAAUUAUCGAACAUUUCCUUACUAGAAGAAUAAGUUACUGUGAAUUUCUCAGCAGUCGUAUUUCUGUCGGUCGCGAUUUUUUUAAUCGGUGUAAAGAUAAAAUUUGCUAAAAAAUCUUUUUUAUUCGACUGUGUUGAAAAACGAUGGUUCUCAGUUUGGAAACAGCCGUGAAACGUAAUUUUGCGUGGUAGUUCGAAAUUUCUUCGAUGCUCCUGAAUUUUGUAAAAAAAAUGUCUAGUCUGAAACUGGAUUUUAUUUUUCUUAGAAUUGUAAGCUACCUUUUGCUUCAACAGGUUCAAUAUAGAGCCCUUCUUCUUCUUCAAAUUGAAAUUUUAUUUUGUCGCUGCAGUUACAUGGUCGAUUAGUAAAUAAUAUAAAUUCUUCUAUUGCGCUUCCUGUCUUUGGAAGGAUUUAAAAUAUUUACUUAUGCUGAAAUCUCCUCUUUUUGAUCGCAGAUUUUCUGUUGACAAUGUUUUCCUGUCGCUGGUUGUUAGUUGCAUUGCUUUGACAUCGAUGUUUCUGACUAAUUCAAGAUUGACAACUAAUUCAUCGAAUGCGCCAAAAUUGUCAUUGUUUGAUUAGACGUGGAAAUUAUCCACGGAGUGAUAACCAGAUUCCCAUAAUUCUUGACAAUCACAUAUUAGCAAUUUUCGGUUGCCCAUGGAGGCUGUAAAAGGUGCUCCAGAUCUCUUAUUUUGAAUAAUAUAGUGGACACUUGUCGAGGAUGAUAUUUUUGUAAAAGUUUAUUUGAAAAUCUUUAUUGCGAACUAUAUUCGCUUAAAUCUGCAUUAAAGUCGAGCAUAUCUGGAAACCUUGGCCUAGAGUCUUUAAUAGGCUUUGGAAGCACUGCUGCAACAACCUGAUUCAUUUUUUUUUUACAACGUCAUUCUAAAUUUGUCAAAAAUAACAAACAACAAAUGAAUUUCAUUCGAUCGUUCUUAAAUACUUCAAAAAGGAGCCAUAAAUAUUUGCUCUUUUUGCAAAAACCAAUCUCCAGAUUUUUCUCGGACCAACCUUCAGAUUUUGAGGUUCAGCGUGAAACCCCAAAAUGUCUCAUAACAGAAACCAUACCUCUAGCAUUAUAUGGGGGUAGACACACCGUGACUAUGCUCCCAGGAACAGGUAUAGGGCCAGAAGUCUCAAAGCACGUCAGACAUGUGUUUCGAGAGAUGGGAGCGCCUGUAGAUUUUGAGGUUAUACACAUAGAUCCCAACGCAUCUUCUGAAGACGACUUACAAUACGCUCUAAUGUCGGUCAAACGAAAUGGAGUUGGAAUUAAAGGAGACAUAGGAGGAAAAUCUCUUAGCACUCUUACAACACACAGCAAUGUUAUACUGCGGAACGAAUUAGAUUUAUACGUUUACGUCAUUUGGUGCAGAUCGUAUCCUAAUGUACCUGCGAAACACAAAGAUGUAGACAUUGUUGUCGUUCGACAAAACACUGAAGGAGAGUACUCAAUGUUAGAACACAGCGUAGGUGGGUCUAAAGUAGUCGAAACUUUGAAGAUUGUCAGAAGAGACAGUUCUGUAAAACUAGCAACGUACGCAUUUGAGUAUGCCAAAAAACACAACAGGAAAAAAGUCACGACCAUCCAUAAAGCUAAUAUUAUGAAGCUUUCCGAUGGCUUGUUUUUGAGUGUGUCUAAGCAGAUUGCAAAGCAGUACCCCGAAAUAGAACACAAUGAUUUGAUCAUAGAUAACUUUUGUAUGCAGGUGGUAACUAAUCCUAAGCAGUUUGACGUUCUUUUAACGACGAAUCUCUACGGAAGUAUUGCUGCUAAUGUUAUUUGUGGUAUAACUGGAGGUCCUGGUCUUACAUCAGGAAUCAAUUAUGGACUGUAUUACGCAAUAUUUGAGCCUGGUACAAGAGCUUCUGGUGUCACAAUUGCCGGUAAGAAUAUGGCUAAUCCGGUGGCUAUGUUAAAUGCUUCAGUCGACAUGUUGUACCACUUGGGACAUACGGCAUAUGCGAAACGGCUUGAAUAUGCAAUCUAUAAAACAAUUUGUGAAGAUAAAAUACAUACCCCUGAUUUGAAAGGUUCGGCUACUACUGUAGAUGUUGUAAAUAAAAUUCUUGAGUACAUUUAUUUGGAGAGUAUUAUUAAAGUAGUAUUUUUGUUAAUAAAAAUUUUCAUGAUACAUAUUCUAAAAAGCUUUUUUUUUUCUCAUUGGGACACAAAAAUAUUCCGUAUGUGUGAAUAAAUUCGGACGUAAAUUGUGAGAUAGUCCAGUUCCGCCUAUGCUCUAGGUACAAUUAUAUAAAUAUGAUGUUAAUAAGUAACUGGGGUCGUACUCUAGAGAAUUAAUGAUAUCUAAUGUGAUACAAAACUAAUGCAUGGUGUUUAAACCCCAUUUCUAGAUACAAAUAAAGUAUUUUGUAGUCUUAAUCUAGAAAAAACAUUUUUAACUUGGCUUACAUAAAGUCGUCAAAUUUUACAUCAGAUUUGUAUUAUCAAACAAGCAGCAAAGCAACUUGAGUCUUGAAAAAAAUAAACAGAUUGUUUGACCUUUCAGCUUAUUUUCGUCUCAAUAGUUGUAAGCCAAUAACUACAUAUUCUUUAGAAAUAUUAUAAUAAGUGACAACGACAAUAUUUCGUUUGACAAACACAAAUGUGAUGCAAAAGAGAUGAUGUGAUAUACUCCCAGUAAAAAAAUGUGUGAUCAAAAACAUUUUGAUUCGGAGUGAGCAUUACACUUGGCGUUAUUUAGUGAUGGUGACACUGUAGUCAAAGCUAACUCUGGAUCAAGAUAUUUUCAUUGGUACGUAGCUUUAACCACAGAUGAUCAGAUAAUUUAGUGUAGACAUUUCGGCACAUUACAAAUAAAAUCAGUCUGAUCGUCGAUGGUCUAGGCUAAAGCGAAGGCUAAGUGUUCAAAAUUCUCAUCGCAAGCAUUGGACGAAUAAAAAAGUACUACCUUGAUAUAAUGCCGAGUGCAUUUCCUGGCUUUCAGAAGCCUUCCCAUUACCAUUUAAAUCCGUCCGAUGCCAGUAAACGCUUAGCUCAAGACUUGCGAAUAUGAAGUUUGUUAGCUAUUUAUAUUUAUAUAACUAUUGAACUUGCAUCUAUUUUUAUGGUGUAUUAUAUAUUAAUGUGUAGACUGAUGUGAUCUUUGAGUUGAUGUCAAUUAGUGAUUUAUCUAAAAUGCGCCGUUACCUGACCUGACCAAAAAGACAAUCUUUUAUAAUUUGUAUGAUUUAUAUCCGCGAAUAUGUUUUUAAAACCGCUGAGUAUGUUUACGUGCCAAAUUAAUUACCGUUGUAAUGUGGUUUAUGAACGUGCCAUGGUGACGUAUUGUAUUCAGUUUCGCCCAAUGUCGUUUGUUUACACGUAAAAAUAAAUGUUAAACUAUAGAUGUAUAUGUGCAUGUGUACUAAUGACGUAAGACAUUGUUGAUAACACUUGAUUAUUUCUAAUUACAUUGCAAUUUAUGUACCGGGCAAUUUUUUAAAUGUCUGCGCUUGUUUCAAUUUCACGGUUGACGUAAACGUCAUGGGUAACUAGAGCAUAAAUGUAAAAAAUUACCCCAUAUUUUUUUUGUUGAAAUUAUGAUUGAUGAUGCUUGUAUUAUUUUCAAUGUGUUUACGUGCCAAAUUGAUUACCGUUGUUGUAAUGUGGUUUAUGAACGUGCCAUGGUGACGUAUUGUAUUCGGUUUCGCCCAAUGUCGUAUGUUUACACGUAAAAAUAAAUGUUAAACUAUAGAUGUAAAUGCGCAUGUGUACUAAUAUGACGUAAGACGUUGUUGAUAACACUUCGUUAUUUAUAAUUACAUUGCAAUUUAUGUACCAGGUGAUUUUUUAAAUUUCUGCUCUAGUUUCAAUUUAACAGUGGACGUAAACGUCAUGGAUAACUAGAGCAACGUUUAAAAAAAAUCCCGAUAUUUUGAAGAUUGUAUUAUUUUCAAUAUGUAAAAUAUUUUUGUUGUCAAAGGUUAUUGUCAUUCGUAAAUAAACUUUGGGUUUGUUUAUGUUUGCGAUACAUUUAAUUUUUUUGUAUCACUUUUUAAUAACGCUGUCGUCAUAUGGAACAAAAAUGGUAUAUAUCCUGGUUAAAUUCAGAUGUUACGCUGUAAUACCUUUAUUCUUGUUACCCUGUUGACAUAAUAAAUGUUGUGAAACUUUUAA